AAAUGGUGAGCCUCGAGAUGUCAGAACAGAACUUCAGAAAACUGCGGGUUUUGUGAACGUGCUGUAGAAUAGAAGGCUCUCUAAAACUUUUUUUUUCAAUGAUAAUGGUCAGAUGUUUUAGUAUAGUGAAGUAGAAACAGACGAGGAAGCACAUUUUCAGAAACUUGCAAUACUCCGAAGGGGCGUUCAGUGCCACUAUGAGGGCUGCCUGCUUGAUACUGUUAGCAUCUCUUACUGUUUGCAAUCUUACCGUCAACUUGGGGCAGCGUGUUUCAGAUGAAGGGGAAACCGAGGAACGAGUACCUUUAGAUGAAAUUCUACAGCGAGCCGAAAACCUCAUCAUCAGAUCCAUCCUAAAAAAGAUGGACGUGGAAGACACUGUUAACGGACAAGUCUCUCCUCAGCAGGAAUGGCUUUCUAAAAGACAACAUCCUGGGAAGAGGUUCCAAGAUGAUCUAGAGAAAAGACAGCAUCCUGGAAAACGAGAUGAAGAUGAAGACACACUUUACCUGGACGUCCAGAAAAGACAGCACCCUGGAAAGAGGGAGGAGGAAGAGGACUACAUAGACGUGCUAAAGAGACAGCAUCCAGGGAAAAGGGAGGAUGAGGCUGAUUCAUAUACAGAGGUGCAGAAGAGGCAGCAUCCGGGCAGAAGGUCCUUGUGGGAGCAGUACGCAGAUAUCCCCAGCACCCAGGUGGCUUACCUGAGUGAGCUAUCCAAAAGGCAGCACCCUGGCAAACGGUACGCACUGCUUAACAAACGUCAGCACCCGGGGAGGAGAAGCUUGGACGAGGAGCUGGACCUUGGGGAGCUUCAAGACUUGGAGAAGCGGCAGCACCCUGGCAAGCGAUAUCUGGAUUCAGAUUCCGAGUACAGCAACCCACCUCCCUGUGAUAUCCAAGACCCUGCCACUUGCAGCAAGGCUAGUUUGUUGUUAGAGUUGCUAGAUAAUGUGAACAAGAGCAGGGCUGAAGAGAAAAGGCAACACCCUGGGAGGAGGCUUGCUUUAGAGGGGGGAUCGACAGAUCUGGAGUAAGAGAAAGUGAUGUACUGAAAAAUAUGUUUGUUUCAUAUUUAUUGAUGGAUUGGUUUAUUUGUUUAUUAAGACCACUUCAAGGUUCGGUUUCUCUGGCAAUAUUUGAAUCCUCUUGAAAAGGGAAUAAAAAGCAGACAUGAUAUCGUUUUUACGUCAGUUGUUUGAAAUAAAUAGCAAAUAGAGAAUUAAUUUAACAAGGAAAAAACUAAAAUGUCUAGUUUAUUUUAUACAUAAUGAUGACAUAUAUAUUUUUCAAUCUAUCUAUCUAUCUAUCUAUCUAUCUAUCUAUCUAUCUAUCUAUCUAUCUAUCUAUCUAUCUAUCUAUAUAUAUAUAUACUCGAAUUACCAAACAAUUUACAGUAUAUAUCCAGUGAAAACCAAAACUGAUAAACUUAUUUUUUUAACCCAAACUAUUUAUCAGACAGCUUGAAUAAAGUGUUUAUUAGAAUAUUGCAUACGGUAGCACAGCAUGUUUAUAAUAUGGGAGCGUAGUAUAUACAUUAUAUUGGUAGAUUAGGUUAGAUGGUUUCUUGGUAGAUUUACAUAUAUUAAAAUGAUUCACUAGACAGGUUUUGUGUUAUGUUUUCUUGUUUUUUAUUAAUUGAAAUGCCUAAUAUUCAUGGGUAGUUAUAACCAGGUGGUAUCCUAAUGUGUUAUAAUCAGUUAUAAUUAAGAUCACUACUUCUCAAGUGGGGUUGUGCGAUACUUGCCAGGGAAACUUAAUUAACACAUGUGGCCUUCAGCUUAAAUAAAAUGUAUCAGAUAAAAACAAAUGGAAAUGGUUCUUUAUCUUCUGUACCACUUGUCAUAACACGCUGGCAUAUUUAAAUGCAGUUAUUCAGUGUAACAGUAUCACUAAAACGUUCCUGAGCAGAAUCAAAUGGGUGUCUAGAUUUUUCUACACAAAGUUGUUUGUGUGGUAUCAACAGAUGUUUAUUCUGUAAGUGAUUAUUUUAUUAAAGCUAGACCUUGCUUUGUAAAUGGAAGCCGAGUGACACUGCAAUAACAAUGUAUAAUAAACAGAAUUGCAUAUGGAA